AUGGUCAGGUUUGGCUUCACCAGGAAGACUUUCGAGCGCAGAUGGGUGCUAGGCUUCCUUGAGCUUCCUUAUUCCCCAGGGAAAGGCCUCGAGGUACAGGCCCUGAGAUCAUUUUGGCCCAACAAUAGGGAGGAGGAGAAGAGCAAAGGCCCAGGGUUGGAAAAGAGGAUGUGUCCUGACUCUUGUGUUCCUUUGGUCCUAGACGAGCCCGCCCAGCCUCCCAAUGGCAGCUGGCCCUUGAAUCAGAAUGGAAGCGAGGCUGAGGCUGCCCUGGCCGCCAGCCCCAUUUUCUCCUCUUACUACCAGCACUCCUCGCCAGUGGCCGCCAUGUUCAUCGUGGCCUACACCCUCAUUUUCCUCCUCUGCAUGGUGGGCAACACCCUGGUCUGCUUCACUGUUCUCAGGAACCGGCACAUGCGCACCGUCACCAACAUGUUCAUCCUCAACCUGGCCGUCAGCGAUCUGCUGGUGGGCAUUUUCUGCAUGCCCACCACCCUUGUGGACAACCUCAUCACAGGUUGGCCUUUUGACAAGGCCACGUGCAAGAUGAGCGGCUUGGUGCAGGGCAUGUCUGUGUCUGCAUCCGUCUUCACGCUGGUGGCCAUUGCCGUGGAAAGGUUCCGCUGCAUCGUGCACCCUUUCCGCGAGAAGCUGACUCUCCGGAAGGCGCUGUUCACCAUCGCAGUGAUCUGGGUGCUGGCGCUGCUCAUCAUGUGUCCCUCGGCGGUCACUCUGACCGUCACGCGCGAGGAACAUCACUUCAUGCUGGACGCUCGCAACCGCUCCUACCCGCUCUACUCGUGCUGGGAGGCCUGGCCGGAGAAGGGCAUGCGUAAGGUCUACACCGCAGUGCUCUUUGCUCACAUCUACCUGGCGCCACUGGCGCUCAUCGUGGUGAUGUACGCGCGCAUCGCGCGCAAGCUGUGCCAGGCUCCGGGCCCAGCGCGCGACGCGGAGGAGCCGGUGGCCGAGGGUGGCCGCGCGUCGCGCCGCAGGGCUCGCGUGGUGCACAUGCUGGUCAUGGUGGCGCUCUUCUUCACGUUGUCCUGGCUGCCGCUCUGGGCGCUGCUGCUGCUCAUCGACUAUGGGCAGCUGAGCGAGUCGCAGCUUCACCUGCUGUCGGUCUAUGCUUUUCCCCUGGCACACUGGUUGGCCUUCUUCCACAGCAGCGCCAACCCCAUCAUCUACGGCUACUUCAAUGAGAACUUCCGCCGUGGCUUCCAGGCUGCCUUCCGUGCACAGCUCUGCCGGCCACCCUGGGGAGCCCACAAGCAAGCCUACUCCGAAAGGCCCGGCCGCCUCCUGCGCAGGCGGGUGGUGGUGGAUGUGCAGCCCAGCGACUCGGGCCUGCCAUCCGAGUCUGCCGCCAGCAGCGGGGCCGCAGGGCCUGGCCGCCUGCCUUUGCGCAGUGGGCGUGUGGCCAACCAGGAUAGGCCCCGGGAAGGACCUGGCUGCAACCAUGUGCCCCUCACCAUCCCAGCCUGGAACAUCUGA